GAGCGCGCUCUACUUACUUACUUUGUGUACUUAUUGUUAGCCACAAAAACAUCAUAUUUUGAUUGUUUCAUAUUUAUGGUUGUUUCAUUGUGGCGUUCGCGGCUUAUUUCAAAAGUGCAUGUCUGUGAUUAGCUGAGGCAGUCGUCGCACCAGGCCCUCUAGCGGUAGAAAUAAAAAACACAACCAAAACAAACAAAUAUUUUGCGGGAAUUGCACCACCACUUGCAUUGCCUAUUUGUUUUACGAAUUUUCUCGUUCAAGUCCCGAAAUUUCCAAAUUUUUUCGAGUCAGUGACUUUUCCUGCUUUUGCUUGCAAAUCUAGACGCAGCGCUAAGGAUAGUAUGGAAGCUGGAACUGAUUUGAUUUGGUUCCAAACGCAAAUCGACUCGUAUCCAAAAUGCAGAGACCACAAAGGAGUUUUGAAUCAGUUCAUAAAGGAAAUCAAGAGCAUGGACACUGCAGGACGGCAGCAGUUGCUGCCCCAGCUCAAGUUCCAACCCAUGUUCGACACCCUCGUCAAGUGGAACAACCCAAUUUAUGCCAAGCCGUUUUACGAACUGGUCAGCCUGGUUUUUGAAAAUUGUGAUGCUGGGAAAAUCGUCAGUGAAAACGAGGACCUGUUGCUGGAAUUUUUAGGCCAUGUCAGCACUGAAUUCUGCACUCUUCUGUUUAAUGUGCUCGAUCGAGCCAUCUCUGAAAGUGGAGUGUCAUGUUUCAAAAAGUCGCCACAGCUGAUGUACAAAUUGGUUCAAAGUAUAUCCUCCGAGGAAGCAGAUUUGGAUUCCCAAGUUUUGAGUCUUCUGGAGAAAAUCAUUGCUCAGCCUGAAGGAGCCAAAUUAGUGUUCGGAUCAGACAUUGGUCAGUGGCUUGGAGAAAUGUGUGAAAUGGCUGACAUUCGGUUUCGAGUUUUUGAGCUUGCCUCAACAGCAGCUUGUGGAAGUGCUGAAGGCUUGGAAUUUGUCAAAACGUGCAACAUUUUGCAAGAACUUGAGAGUGGCUUGCAGGGAGCGAUGGCCCACGUGGACCAGGUUGGAUUUGCUGCCACCGUUGAUUGCUUUACAAAACUAGGAGCAACCUCUUGGGGUUAUAAAGAGUUGUUGGAAUCAGGAGUUUUGUCAAAACUUGAGGCCCGAGUUGUAGAAUAUGGUCCCGGAACCAUGGAGGACAAAGUCAUGCCAUCCGUUUACACAUUUUUCGGACAAGUUUUCAAACAUUUUCCUGAGCAAGCCUUGAAAGACUGUCCAAAAGUCGUCCCCACAGUUAUGAAUUUGAUCGACAUUUCUAUAGACAGGGCCUAUGUCACCAGGACUGAGAUGGAAAUGAUUGGAAUGGUGGCAGCAAAACCAGCUGGAAAGCGUCACUUGGCAAAGUUGGAUCCACCUGUCACUUUGGUUUUGUCUCACCUGAAGCAGUUCAUUUCUUCUGGGUCGUCUGUAGACAAAAUUUGUGCAAUCGAAACUGUGUCCAGUCUUAUUGCGCUUCAGGACAAAGAUCAAACUGAAGAAAUGCUAGCCAUCACUAAAACUUGGUUUGAGGUUGUCUGGACGUCGGUAGAGGUGCUUUUCCAUUUCUGCCAGGAGCCCUUCCCAGGAAUCAACCGAACUAGCAUUCCUGUCUUUGUCUCUGAAACAGUCCAGUGCAGAAAUAGUGGACUUCAGCUUCUCUCGACCUUGGCUAAUUUGGCGUGGGGUCGAACUGAGAUCUGCAAACUUCCCUCUUUGCUCAACUGGCUGGCCGAGGGAGAAUUGUGCCAGGACGUUCACUUCAGCACCAACGGAGUGCCGAGUGCUGAAUCUCUGCAGCUCAAACAGGACGUAGCUAAUGUGAUACUGAAUGAUGCCAAAACACCAGAGCAAAGUAAGAAAAUCCUAUCGAAAUUGAAACUCAGUGGCCUCGAGGCGAAGAGAAUCAAGUGUGUGUGAAAUAAGAAAUGCAUAAUUGAUAGGGUGCAUUAUUUUUAUAAAUUAAAUUGGGAUCCACAAUUAAUUUGAUUUUCUUGGAGUGAUUUUAAUUGU